AUGUCAACUAAACUAUUUGUUGGACAAAUUCCAAAAUCAUUUAAUGAAGAAGAGAUUAAAAAUUUAUUUACCAAUAUAGCUAAUAUUGAAUCAGUAUCAUUGAUAAAGAAUAAAACUACCAAUGAGCCACAAGGAUGUGCAUUCGUAUCAGUACCAUCACGUGAGGAAGCCGACAGAGCCAUUGAGCAAUUACAUAAUAGUAAGAAAUUCCAAGGCGUAUUAAACAACUUACAAGUAAAGUAUGCCGAUAGUGAGCAAGAGAAAUUGGCUAGUAAAUUAUUCGUUGGUAUGCUACCCCGUUCCUACGAGGAGGAGCAAAUUAGGGAGUUGUUUGAGCCACAUGGUGUUGUUGAGGAUAUUUGUAUUUUACGGGGCCCCAAUUCCGAGAGCAAGGGAUGCGGUUUCAUAAAGUUUGACAACAGAGAAUCUGCUCUCUCUGCCAUUGCAACUUUGAAUGGUAUGAAAUUGGACGGUUCACCAAACCCAUUGGUUGUAAAAUUCGCUGAUACUGAAAAAGAUAAGAAAAAGAAACAAAAACAACAACAAAUUCAAAUUCAAAUGCAACAAAGACAACAACAACAGCAACAACAACAACAACAACCAUCUCAUCAACAACAACAAUCUCAUCAACAAUCUUUUCAAUCACAAUAUCAACAACCUGUAGUUAAUCAAUUCCCUCCAAAAAUGAAUCAACAACCAUUCAUUGUUAAUCCAUAUUUUGGUCAAAUGCCAAAUUUUAAUUUUAUUCCAAGUAUUGAUUCAUCACCAUCAUUAUUAGGUACACCACCAAUUAUUGGUGAUGGUAUUUAUGAUAUAUAUUCAAAUUCACAAUUUGAUAAUAAAUAUAAUAAUAAUGGUGGUAUGGGUGGUAAUGGUGGUAAUAAUGGUAAUAUGUAUGGUAGAAACUUUAACAAUGGUAAUAAUGGUCCAAUGGGUGGUAUGAAUGGUAAUGGUAUGAAUAAUGGUGGUCCAAUGGGUAAUGGUAUGAACAAUGGUGGUCCAAUGGGUAAUGGUAUGAAUAAUGGCGGUCCAAUGGGUAACGGUAUGAAUAAUGGUGGUCCAAUGGGCAAUGGCAUGAAUGGUAAUGGUAUGAAUGGUAAUGGUAUGGGUGGUCCAAUGGGUAAUGGUAUGAAUAAUGGUAUGGGUGGCAUGAAUCAAGGUGGUCCAAUGGGUAAUAAAAAGAAUCAAAGUGUUGGUCCACAAGGUUCAAAUCUAUUCGUUUACAAUAUACCAAAUUACUUCUCUGAUAAUGAUUUACUUGGACUAUUCCAACAAUAUGGUAUUGUUGUAAGUGCUAAAGUUUAUGUUGAUAAAAAUACUGGCGUUAGUAAAGGUUUUGGUUUUGUAUCAUAUGAUAAUCCAGCUUCUGCAAAUUUAGCUAUUUCUAAUUUACAUGGUCAAAUGAUGGCAGGUAAAAAAUUGAAGGUUUCACUCAAGCAAACUUCUGGUCAAGGUUCCCAACCAUAUUAA